CUCUCGCUCGUCACUUGCUAACGUGGAGCCUGCUCUCUAGAACCACCGCCCCGCCUCUUUCCCCUUCGGCCCCCUCUUCUUGGAUCUUGUUUCGUUCUUCCUCCCUUUCUCGGCCCUUCCUCCCCGGCCCUCGACGACGAUCGUAGCAGGCGGCGGCGAAGAUGUUGGAAGACCAGGUUGCCUUCUUGCUCCAGAAGUAUCUCGGCAACUACGUCCGGGGCCUCAACAAGGAGGCUCUCAAGAUUAGCGUAUGGAAAGGUGACGUAGAACUAACAAACAUGCAAUUGAGACCAGAGGCACUUAAUGCAUUGAAGUUGCCCGUGAAAGUUAAAGCAGGAUUUCUUGGAUCUGUGAAGCUUAAGGUUCCAUGGAGCAGACUAGGCCAAGAACCAGUUUUGGUUUAUCUUGAUCGUAUUCUAUUAUUAGCUGAGCCGGCAACACAGGUUGAGGGUUCCAGUGAAGAUGCUAUUCAAGAAGCUAAGAAGAUUAGAGUCAGGGAAAUGGAAAUGAAGUUGUUGGAGAGUCAGCAGCAGCUGAGAUCUGAAAUGAAUACAUCAUGGCUGGGAUCUUUGAUCAGCACCAUAAUUGGAAACAUCAAGCUCUCUGUUACCAAUAUCCACAUAAGAUUUGAAGAUACAGAGAGCAAUCCUGGCCACCCUUUUGCAGCAGGUUUGACACUUGCAAGGCUUUCAGCAGUAACAGUUGAUGAUUCUGGUAAAGAAACUUUUGCCACUGGGGGUGCUCUAGAGCGCAUUCAGAAGUCUGUGGAACUUGAACGUCUAGCUCUUUAUUUCGAUUCUGAUAUUUGUCGGUGGAGCAUUGACAAACCAUGGGAGGAAUUACUUCCUCCAGAAUGGAGUCAGAUAUUUGAACUUGUAAACAAGGAUGGCAAAUGGGUUAAUGCACCUUCUAAAGAGCAUAAUUACAUUCUACAACCAGUAACUGGGAAUGCAACAUAUACAAAGCUGCGACUUGAUGUAUCAAAAAAUACAGGGCAAGCACUACAGAAAGCAGCAGUACAGUUGGACGAUGUCACAUUAUCUUUAGCAAAGGAUGGGUACAGAGACAUUUUGAAGAUGGCCGAUAAUUUUGCUGCAUUUAAUCAACGUCUGAAAUAUGCUCAUUAUCGUCCGACUGUAUCGGUGAAAGCUGAUCCAAAAUCUUGGUGGAAAUAUGCUUACAAAGUGGUAACUGAUGAGAUGAAGAAGGCAAGUGGAAAACUAUCAUGGGAGCAGGUUUUGAGGUACACAAGGCUCCGCAAAAGAUACGUGUCUCUUUAUGCUUCCCUUCUGAGUUCCGAUACAGGCCGUUUGUUAGUGGAUGACAACAAGGAAAUUGAGAAACUAGAUCGUGAGCUUGAUAUUGAAGUAAUUCUUCAGUGGAGGAUGUUGGCACACAAGUUUGUGGAACAGUCAGUGGAAUCUGAUCUCUAUCUAAGCAAAAAAAAGGAGAAGCGACCCUGGUGGUCAUUUGGAUGGACUGGAUCCGCCAAGGAUGGAGGUGAACCUCGGGGUUUCACUGAGGAAGAUCGGGAACGAUUAAAUAAAAUCAUUGGUUACAAAGAAGGUUCUGAUGAGUAUCUGUUGGGUGCCGAAGAUAAGGAUUUAAUGCAUUUCUGUUUGGAAAUUCACAUGAAACACAAUGCAUCAAAGCUCGUCAGUGAGGGUCAGGAAUGCCUUGCUGACUUAUCCUGUGAAGGGCUAGCUUGUAACAUAAAAACUUAUUCAGAGGCCAAAAUUUUUGAACUGAAGUUGGGAUCCUAUAGGCUUUCAUCACCUUUUGGCCUCCUUGCAGAGAGUGCUACUGUUGCUGAUUCCCUAGUUGGUAUCUUUUCCUACAAGCCUUUUGAUGCUCAAGUAGAUUGGAGUUUUGUUGCUAAAGCUUCUCCAUGUUAUAUGACUUAUCUAAAGGAAUCUAUCGAUCAAGUCAUUGCUUUCUUCAAGAGUAGUCCCACUGUUAGCCAGACCCUGGCUUUGGAGACGGCAGCUGCUGUGCAGAUGACAAUCGAUGGAGUUAAACGCACUGCUCAACAACAAGUUACCCGGGCAUUAAAGGAUCAAUCCAGGUUUUUGCUGGACCUGGAUAUUGCUGCCCCCAAGAUUACCAUUCCCACCAAAUUUUUCCCAGAUGAUGUACAUGCAACCAAACUCCUGCUUGAUUUGGGAAAUCUAAUGCUACGCACGCAGGACUACUGGGGCUGUGAUUCUUCUGAAGAAAAGGAUAUGUACUUGCAGUUCAAUUUGGUGCUGAGUGAUGUAUCUGCAUUCUUGGUGGAUGGUGAUUAUUGCUGGAGUGAAACACCUAUUGACAUGGAUAUUAAUCAACAAAAUAAUAAUAGUUUCUUGCCAGUUAUUGAGAAGUGUGGAAUUGUCCUAAAACUUCAGCAGAUUCAAUCGGAAAAUCCUCUCUAUCCUUCUACAAGACUUGCUGUACGGUUGCCUUCAUUGGGAUUUCACUUCUCCCCGGCUAGGUAUCACCGAUUAAUGCAAGUUGCAAAGAUCUUUCAGGAGGAAGAUGGCAUGAGCCCAGAUGUUACUCUCCCAUGGAAUCAAGCUGAUUUUGAAGGAUGGUUAUCUGUUCUCACGUGGAAGGGUGUGGGAAACAGAGAAGCUGUAUGGCAGCGCAGAUACUUUUGUCUUGUUGGGCCAUUUCUUUAUAUAUUGGAAAAUCCUACAUCUAAAACAUACAAACAAUAUCACAGUUUACGCGGGAAACAAGUACAUCAAGUUCCAACAGAGUUCACGGGUGGUGUUGAAAAUGUGCUAGCUCUGUACGAUGCUGGACAAUCCAAUCCCCAGGUUGUGGAAGACGUCAAUGCAUUGAUUGUACUAUGUGAUAGUGAUGAAAUACGAAAGACAUGGCAAAAUCGUUUUCAAGGAGCUAUAUAUCGUGCAUCGGGCUCUGCUGCUGUGACUAGCCUCUCUGAAGCUUCUUCCCUGGCAGGAAUUACUAAAGCCAAAUCUUUUGAUAACACUGAUGCAAUGAACGUGGAGAAAUUGUUUCUAACUGGUGUUCUAGAUGAACUAAGGAUCUGUUUUAGCUGCAACUAUCAAAGCAAUCAAAGUUUCAAGAAGAUACUGCUUAGCAAAGAGAGUCACUUAUUUGAGUUUCGAGCAGUAGGUGGCCAGGUUGAGCUUUCAAUAAGGGCAAACAAUAUUUUUAUUGGAACUCUUCUGAAAUCACUAGAAAUUGAAGAUCAAUUUUGCUGUGGGGGAACAGCUGGGCCCCGCUAUCUUGCUAGAUCAUUCAUUAAUAUUACAGAAGACACCACAUUGCAUAGCUCAACAUCCUGUACUGAUAUUGUCGCAAAGAAUGUUAGCAACAGUCAACUUAACCAUACUGAUAGUGAGGACAAGUUUUUUGAAGCAUCGGAUGAUUUGGAUGACCUUGCCAACCAUCCUAUCCAACGCCAGGGUAGCAUGUCUGAAUAUUUCAGUGCCAAAUGCUCUUGUCCAUCUCCAAAGCCUUUGGUAAAGCCUCCUAGUUUUAGUCGGAUUCCUGGUUUAAUUCCUGAUGCUGAACUUCAAAGCAGAAGCCUGAGCUUGGAGAUGACUGAUACUUUGGAUAGUUUCGUGAAAGCUCAGAUAGCAAUAUAUGAUCGGAGUUCUUCUCAUUAUAGGAAUGUAGACAACAGGGUGAUGGUUACCCUUGCUACAUUGUCUUUUUUCUGUCAUCGACCAACUAUUCUGGCAAUUUUGGAAUUUGUCAAUGCUGUCAGUGCUGUGGAGGAGAAUGGUGAUACGGAUGAAUCUAUCAGCAAAUCUUCCAUCUCUAUGAUAAACACAUAUGAGAAUGCUUCUUUUCACGAGCCCAACUCAUCUGUUGUUGAAGAACCUGUUGCUAAAGGAUUGCUUGGGAAAGGAAAAACGAGAGUAAUUUUUUAUUUAACUUUGAAUAUGGCCAGGGCACAAAUUUUCUUGAUGCAUGAAAAUGGGACCUCCCUUGCCACUUUAUCACAAAAUGAUUUACUGACUGAUAUCAAGGUGUUCCCAUCAUCCUUUUUCAUAAAAGCUGCUCUUGGAAACCUGAAAAUAAGUGAUGACAGUCUUCCUAGCAGUCAUUCUUAUUUCUGGAUCUGUGAUAUGAGAAAUCCUGGGGGGCGUUCAUUUGUUGAGCUUGAUUUUAGUUCGUUCAACAUAGAUGAUGAUGACUACUGUGGCUAUGACUAUAGUCUUACAGGACAGCUUUCAGAAGUUCGGAUUGUAUAUUUGAACCGAUUUGUGCAGGAGGUUAUCAGUUAUUUUAUGGGUCUUGUACCAAGCAAUGUGGAGAGGGUUGUUAAGCUGAAAGAUCAAGUAACUAACUCAGAGAAAUGGGUUACUAAAACUGAAAUUGAAGGAUCACCUGCUCUUAGGUUGGAUCUUUCACUCAGUCGACCUAUAAUUUUAAUGCCCCGGAGGACAGACAGUAUGGAUUACCUAGAGCUUGAUGUACUUCAAAUUACUGUCCAAAACAAGUUUGAAUGGAUCGGUGGUGACAAGAACGAAAUGAAUGCUAUCCACCUGGAAAUGUUGACCAUAAAGGUUAAGGACAUCAACCUGACUGUUGGUACUGGCACGGUAGUUGGUGAAAAUAUCAUUCAAGAUGUCAAAGGACUCUCUGUUGUCAUUCAUAGGUCACUGCGUGAUCUAUUGCAUCAGAUUCCAACUACAGAGGCAGCUAUCAGGAUAGAAGUCCUUAAAGCAGCUUUAUCCAAUCGAGAGUAUGAAAUAACUACAGAAUGUUUACUAUCCAAUUUCUCUGAGACACCACAUAUUAUACCUGCCCUAGAAAAAGGGUCUGAAAUGUCUGUGGGUGAUGUUAUGGUACCUGAGGCUUCUGUUGAUCCAGACACUAUUGCUUCGGAAUCUCAAGAAAGAGAAACAUGGUUGACAAUGAAAGUUCUAGUUGCCAUAGAUUUGAUUGAGCUUUCUUUGCAUUUAGGGAGAACAAGAGAUUCAUCUCUAGCUAGUGUGCAGGCAACUGGAGCAUGGAUUCUUUACAAAUCCAAUACACUGGAGGAGGGUUUUCUUUUUGCCACACUAAAAGGAUUCUCUGUCAUUGAUGAGCGUGAAGGAACCAAAGAAGAGCUCAGGCUUGCAAUAGGAAAAUCUGGGACUAUUGGACACACAUCUCUUCGCUAUGAUGGCACCGAAUCAUUGAUUGAUUCUUCAGAAAGAAAAGUACAAAAAGAACAUGGUGUUGAACCAAUUCCCUCAAUGCUUAUAUUUGAUGCUACGUUUAGAAAGUCCUCGACAAAUAUUUCUUUGUGUAUCCAAAAACCAAAAUUGCUUGUGGCCCUUGACUUUUUACUAGCUAUAGUUGAGUUCUUUGUUCCAUCCGUUCGUAGCAUGCUAUCGAAUGACGAUGAUAAUGACCCUUUGCACAUAACUGAUGCAAUAGUUCUUCAUCAUCCAAUAUAUACUCAACCUGAUUCAGUAUUCUUUCUUUCACCUCGAAAACCACUGAUUGUUGAUGAUGAAAGAUUUGAUCAUUUCAUAUACAAUGGAAAUGGUGGCAAGCUAUAUUUACAGGAUAAAGAGGGAGAAAAUCUCUCUAGUCCCGGCCUAGAAACUAUUGUUUAUGUGGGCAAUGGCAAGCGACUGCAAUUUAAAAAUGUUACGAUAAUGAAUGGGGAGUAUUUAGAUUCUUGUAUAUUUCUUGGAACUGAUAGCAGCUAUUCAGUUUCAAAAGAAGAUUGUGUUUUCCUGGAGAGAGGGAAUAAAGGUGCUUCUCUGAAUUCUCACGAGGAAGGGACUGAUAGUCUAGUCAUUCCAAAAGAUGCUGCUGAUGGCUCAGCAGAGUUUGUUAUGGAGCUGCAGGCGAUUGGGCCAGAGCUUACAUUUCAUAACACCUCAAAGGAUGUUACUGAAUCAUUGGUUCUGUCAACAAAAGUCAUGCAUGCCAAUCUUGAUGUAUUUUGCAGGCUUGUGAUGAAGGGCGACAACUUUGAGAUCAGUGGAAAUGUUCUUGGUUUAAAGGUGGAGAGUAACGGGAUCAGAGUUUUGGAGCCUUUUGAUACCUGUGUAAAAUUUUCGAAGGCCUCUGGGAAAACACAUAUACAUCUUGCUGUUUCUCAUAUAUUUAUGAAUUUCUCCUUCAGCAUCCUGAGUUUGUUCUUAGCUGUUGAGGAAGAUAUUUUGGCAUUUCUAAGGAUGUCAUCCAAGAAAGUUUCCGUGGUCUGCUCUCAGUUUGACAAAGUUGGAACAAUCCAGAAUCAUGGGAAAGACCAAACUUAUGCCUUUUGGAGACCACGUGUGCCAUCUGGAUUUGCUGUUCUAGGAGACUGCUUAACCCCACUGAACGAACCACCUUCAAAAGGAGUGCUUGCUGUAAACACCAGUUUUGUAAGAGUCAAGAGGCCAGUGUCCUACAAGCUAAUUUGGCAAUGCAGUCUGCAGAGUGCUGAUAAAGGGCAUCACAACUGGAUAAGUACUUCAAAAAACAACAGUGAUGAACAAUGCAACAGCUGCUCUGUUUGGUUCCCUGUGGCACCUAAAGGUUAUGUUGCAGUUGGCUGUGUGGUUUCAGCUGGAAAUACUCAACCACCGUUGUCUGCUGCUUUGUGCAUUCUGUCUUCUUUGGUGUCUCCAUGUGCCUUGAAGGAUUGCAUUGCACUUAGCUUAAGUGAAUUGAAUUCUGCAAAUAUCGCAUUUUGGCGAGUGGAGAACUCUUUUGGGUCUUUUUUGCCUGCAGAUCCAAAAGAUAUGAGCUUGAUUGGUAAACCAUGUGAUCUUCAUCAUAUGAUGUUGGGUUAUUCAGAGCCAUCUUCUAAAACUACUAAAAGUUCCAUUCCCCAAGAUAAUGCAAUAAAUGAUGCUCAUGCUUGUCGGCUCGAGAGAUCUGCACUCUUAACCUCUGGUCGCCUGUUUCAAGCUGUAGCAAGUUUUAAAUUGAUCUGGUGGAAUCAAGGGACAACCUCCCGAAAGAAGCUCUCAAUAUGGCGUCCAGUGGUCCCACAUGGAAUGGUUUAUCUUGGUGAUCUUGCUGUUCAAGGGUAUGAACCUCCUAAUUCAGCUAUUGUGCUUCAUGAUACUGGAGACGACACUAUUCUGAAAACCCCUCAAGAUUUUCAACUUGUUGGCCAUAUCAAGAAGCAUAGAGGUGUUGAAAGUAUUUCUUUCUGGUUGCCUCAGGCUCCUCCAGGAUUUGUUGCCUUAGGAUGUGUUGCAUCUAAGGGAUCACUCAAGCACGAUGAGUUUGGCCCGUUAAGGUGUAUCCGCAGUGACAUGGUAACAGGAGAUCAGUUUGCUGAAGAGAGUAUAUGGGAUACAUCCGAUAGCAAGGUUUCAGGACCUUUUAGCUUGUGGAGUGUUGGUACUGAGCUGGGCACAUUUCUUGUUAGAAGUGGAUUCAGAAAGCCUCCAAAAAGAUUUGCUUUAAAGCUAGCAGGUCCUGCUGUAUCUAGUGGCUCAGAUAAUACUGUGAUUGAUGCAGAAAUUAAAACUUUCUCCACAGCAAUUUUUGAUGACUAUGGAGGUUUGAUGGUUCCACUAUUUAACAUGUCUUUUGAGAACGUUGCAUUUAGUUUACAUGGGAGACCUGACUACUUGAAUUCCACUAUGAGUUUCUCUGUGUCUGCAAGAUCUUUCAAUGACAAGUAUGAUUCAUGGGAGCCCCUCAUUGAACCAAUGGAUGGAUUUCUAAGGUAUCAGUAUGAUACAAAUGCACCAGGUGCUGCUACCCACAUCCGCAUAACUUCGACCAGAGAUUUGAAUUUAAAUGUUUCUGUCUCUAACGCAAAUAUGAUGUUUCAAGCUUACUCUAGCUGGAACAAUCUUAGUCAUAUUGAUGAAUCAUAUAAAAAGAGAGAAGCAGUUUCUCCUACAUAUAGUGAGAGGUCUAUCAUUGACAUACAUCACAGGAAAAAUUAUUACAUUAUCCCACAAAACAAGCUUGGUCAGGACAUAUAUAUAAGGACUACUGAAUUUAACAGGAUUUCUAACAUCAUCAAGAUGCCAUCAGGAGAUAAUAAACCUGUAAAAGUCCCAGUUGCAAAAAAUAUGCUAGACUCACACUUGAAAGGGAAAUCUGAUAGAGCAUCUCGGUCAAUGGUGACAAUACUUAUUGCUGAUGCUGAGUUACCAAUAGCUGAAGGAAUGGCUAUUGGCCAAUAUAUGAUAGCAGUUCGCCUUUUCUUAAGCCCUCCUGCUGAGUCACCACUGCAGCAACAAAGUGCCCGGACAUGUGGUGCUAUCUCAGAGCAUUCUUCAUUUGGGAUUGCCAUGGUGAAUUGGAAUGAAAUGUUUUUCUUCAAAGUUGAUUUUGUGGAUAAUUUCAUGGUGGAGUUCAUUGUAGUUGACAUGGGAAGAGGUGAGCCUGUAGGGAUGUAUUCAGCACCAUUAGAGCAAAUAGCUUGUGAACUCCCUCCAAGCUCAAAUUCUUAUGAUCCUAACUACAAACUGUCUUGGAAGGAACUUUCCUCGGCAAAGAGAAUGGGACAUCAAAAUGAUGCUUCUGAUAAAUCUCAUGGAAGAAUCAGAUGUGCUGUACUGCUUUCUGUUAGACAUGAGUUAAAAAAACAUGACAAGCAGGAUUUUGCUACUGGCAGAAAAACUGGAUUUAUUCAGAUAAGUCCUGCCAGGGAAGGACCUUGGACAACUGUGAGGCUAAAUUAUGCUGCACCGGCAGCAUGUUGGAGGUUAGGCAACGAUGUUGUUGCUAGUGAAGUAACAGUUAGAGAUGGCAAUAGAUAUGUCAACAUACGGUCGCUGGUAUCUGUUACCAAUAAUACUGAUUUUGUUAUUCAUCUGCGUCUAAAAUCAAAAGGUUCUUUUGAGAAUCGGAGGUCAUUGGAUAAUGAAAAUGAGAGUGGCGAUGGAGAAUCUGAUAAUAGCAGAAUUGAAACAGAUGAAUUAUUUGAAACAGAGAAGUACAUUCCAUCUGUUGGUUGGAUUAGCUGCUCUCCAUGCUUGCCAUCUGUCAAUCCGUCUGACCAAUGCCCUACAGACAGUGAACAUCAGGGAGCAUCCAUUGUUGAACUACCAGAUGGCUGGGAAUGGACUGAUGAUUGGCAUGUGGAUAUGACAUCUGUAAGAACGGCUGAUGGCUGGGUUUAUGCUCCAGAUACUGAACAUCUAAAGUGGCCUGAGUCAUCAGAUCAUGUAAAUUCUGUAAAUUAUGCUCGGCGAAGAAAAUUGUUAAGGCAUAGGAGACGCAUCGUAUGCGAUGGAGAUGAUCAAAUUUCAGUUGGACUAUUGAAACCUGGUGAUACUAUGCCUCUUCCAUUAUCAGGCUUGGCGCAUCCCAUAAUAUCAUACGUCUUGCAAUUAAGACCACAAAAUUCCAUUGAUAGAAGAGAAUAUUCAUGGAGUGUUGUACUUAAGAAACAUGAUCAGACUGAAAUUUCUGAAGGACAUGAAGAGUCACCUGAAAUCUGUGUAUCAGCUCUCACAGAGUCUGAUAGCCUCUUGUUUUGUUCGCAAAUAGAUGGAACUUCUUCAAAGCUUUCCCAAGGCUUGUGGUUUUGUUUAAGCACACAAGCCAAAGAGAUUGGUAAAGAUAUGAAUUCUGAUCCCAUUCAUGACUGGAACCUUAUUGUCAACUCACCAAUAUCUUUAGUCAAUUACCUCCCCUUUUCUGCGGAAUAUAGUGUUACCGUUAAUCAAUUGAGUGAAGAAAACAAUACUUGCUCCCUAGGUACUUUAGGUCCAGGUGAAACUGUCAAGAUUUACAAUGCUGAUCUGCGAGAUCCCUUGUAUUUGUCACUUGUUCCUGAAGGGGGAUGGCAACCAAUUCAUGAGCCUGUUCCUAUAUCACAUCCAAGCAGAAUGCCGUCGAAAAUGAUAAAUCUGAGAAGUUCUCUUUCUGAAAGGAUUGUCCAAAUCAUUCUUGAACAAAAUUAUGAUAAGGACCGCUUGAUAGCAAGAAUUGUUAGAAUCUAUGUUCCUUAUUGGAUUUCAAUUGCAAGAUGCCCACCACUUCUAUAUACUGUGGUUGACCUUUCAGGAAGAAGAGAGAAAAGACAUAUUUCAGUCCCAUUUCAUUCUAACAUAAGAACUGAAAAGAUUCUUUGGCAGAUUAGGGAAGAGGAAAUGGUUGGCGGAUACACCAUAGCUUCUGCAAUGAACUUCAAACUUUUGGGUUUCUCAGCAUCAAUAAGUAAACCUGGCAAGGAGUGCUUUGGACCUGUUAAGGACCUUUCUCCCCUGGGUGAUAUGGAUGGUUCAGUUGAUCUUUCUGCUUAUGAUACUGAUGGCAAUUGUAUGCGGCUCCUUGUUUCCUCCAAACCAUCCCCUUAUCAAGCUGUUCCUACAAAGGUUAUUUCCAUACGUCCAUACAUGACAUUCACAAACAGACUUGGUGAAGAUUUAUACAUUAGGUUUGGUGUUGGAGAUGAACCUAAGGUCCUGCAUAAAACUGACUCGAGAGUUUCUUUCAUAUAUUCUGAAGGAGGAGGACCCGAUAAAGUCCAAGUUCGGCUGGAAGACACAUGUUGGUGUUUUCCUGUAGAAAUUGUAAAGGAAGACACCAUCAUUAUAGUGUUACGAAAGCAUCAUGAAAGGAGAUUUUUAAGGGCUGAAGUUCGUGGUUACGAUGAGGGUUCACGUUUCUUAGUUGUAUUACGUCUGGAGUCAGCAGAUGGUCCUAUCAGAAUUGAGAACAGGACCCUCAGUACAAUAAUCAAUGUUCGCCAGUCUGGUUUAGAUGAAGAUGCAUGGAUCCACUUGGAACCACUUUCUACGACAAAGUUCUCUUGGGAUGACCCAUAUGGGCAGAAACUUCUCGAUCUUGGUAUCCAUAAUAGAAUUGAAACUUAUGUUCAAAAUGUCAACUUGGAAAAAACGGCAGAUACUUGUGCAGAUUUGAGAGCGCAGGGUAUCCAGAUUCAUGUCAUGGAAUUUGGAGAUAUCAAAAUUGUUCGAUUCACUGAUGACAGAACCCAAUUGGAAUCACAUAAGGAGCAUGAUCUUGCAACUGUUGACAACUGGAGCACUUCACAUCUACAGACUAGUACGCCUUUGGAGCUUAUUAUUGAACUGGGGGUUGUGGGGGUUUCACUGAUAGAUCAUAGACCAAGAGAGCUCUUGUAUCUGUACUUGGAGAAAGUCUUUCUUUCAUAUUCAACAGGGUAUGAUGCUGGAACAACAAGCAGGUUUAAACUCAUUAUUGGUCAAUUACAACUUGAUAACCAGCUGCCAUUAACAUUGAUGCCUGUUCUUUUGGCACCUGAGGAUAUGCCUGAUAUUAACCAUCCAGUCUUCAAGGCGACUAUCACAAUGAACAAUGAGGAUGCUGAUGGCAUUCAGAUUUACCCAUAUGUUUAUGUCCGGGUAACUGAUAAAUGUUGGAGAUUGAAUAUUCAUGAGCCAAUCAUAUGGGCAUUGGUGGAUUUUUACAAUAAUCUUCGUCUAGAUAGCAUCCCCAGCAGCUCAAAUGUUGCUCAGGUUGAUCCAGAGAUACGUAUAGAAUUGAUUGAUGUGUCAGAGGUACGGUUGAAGCUGUCAUUGGAGACUGCACCAACCCAAAGACCGCAUGGUGUCCUUGGUAUGUGGAGCCCUGUACUGUCUGCUGUCGGGAAUGCUUUUAAGAUUCAGGUGCAUCUUAGGAAGGUGAUGCACAGAAGUAGGUUCAUGCGGAAAAGCUCCAUAAUUCCUGCUAUUGUAAAUCGUAUUAGGAGAGAUCUCAUCCACAAUCCUUUGCAUCUAAUAUUCUCUGUCGAUGUGCUUGGUAUGACAAAAUCAACUUUGGCAUCACUUAGUAAAGGAUUUGCAGAGCUUUCGACAGAUGGACAGUUUCUCCAAUUGCGCUCGAAGCAGGUGUGGUCAAGGAAAAUUACUGGUGUAGGUGAUGGAAUACUUCAAGGGACAGAAGCUCUUGCACAAGGUGUAGCAUUUGGAGUCUCCGGUGUUCUGAGAAAACCUGUAGAGAGUGCGAGACAGUAUGGUAUCCUGGGGCUUGCUCAUGGUCUUGGGCGUGCCUUUUUAGGGUUUGUUGUUCAGCCAUUGAGCGGAGCACUGGAUUUUGUCUCAUUAACAGUAGAUGGCAUUGGUGCCAGCUGUGCCAGAUGCUUAGAGAUCUUAAAUAACAAGUCAGUAACUGAAAGAAUUAGAAAUCCCCGUGCUAUUCAUGCAGAUGGUGUCAUCAAAGAGUAUAAUGAAAGAGAAGCAGUUGGGCAGAUGGUCCUCUACCUGGCAGAGGCUAGUGGACAUCUGGGUUGUACUGAUUUAUUCAAAGAGCCUUCGAAGUUUGCAUGGUCUGAUUAUUAUGAAGACCAUUUCAUUGUGCCUGGUCAAAGGAUUGUUCUAAUAACAAACAAGCGUGUCAUGCUGCUCCAGUGUUUGGCUCUAGAUAAAAUGGACAAAAAACCUUGCAAGAUAUUAUGGGAUGUACCCUGGGAAGAACUUCUGGCAUUGGAGUUGGCUAAAGCAGGAUACCCAAAACCCUCUCAUGUGAUUAUUCAUAUCAAGAACUUUGCGAGGUCAGAAAAAUUUGUACGUCUCAUCAAGUGCAAUGUCGAGGAUGAUGAAACGCAAGAACCUCAGGCUGUUGUAAUAUGUUCUUCCAUACGGAAAAUGUGGAAAGCACACCAAGCAGAUGCUAAGAUAUUAGUUUUAAAGGUUCCUUCAAGCCAGCGGCAUGUACAAUUUGCAUUGGAUGAAACAGAUGGGAGGGAUUCUCAUAGCCGGCUUAGGCCUUUGAUAAAACAAAGAGGAAAUUCAAUUUCUGAUGAGAGGAGAUUUACAAAGCACAGUCUCAACUUUCAAAAGAUCUGGAGCAGCGAACAAGAAUGUAAAAGUCGAUGCACAUUGUUUCCAAAGCAGGUUGCUGAUGAUGGGACAAUUUGCAGCAUAUGGAGGCCCCUUUGUCCUGAUGGGUAUAUUUCUGUAGGGGACAUAGCCCAUGUAGGCACCCAUCCACCACAUGUUGCAGCCAUCUACCAAGAUUCCGACCGGAAUUUUGCACUUCCUAUGGGCUAUGACUUGGUUUGGAGAAAUUGUGCUGAGGACUAUGCAGCUCCUCUGUCGAUUUGGCUUCCAAGACCACCAGACGGAUACAUCGCAGUUGGAUGUGUGGCAUUGGCUGCUUAUGAAGAGCCUGCACUUGAUUCUGCAUACUGUGCGCGUGAAGGAAUUGUAGAGGAUGCACUCUUUGAAGAGCAAGUGGUGUGGUCUGCACCUGACUCCUAUCCUUGGUCAUGUUACAUAUACCAAGUCCAAAGUGAGGCGCUUCAAUUUAUUGCAUUGCGGCAGCGGAAAGAAGAGUCUGAGUGGAGGCCAAUGAGAGUUUCUGACCAAACUUCAGAAACUCCAUCAGCUGGAAGAUGAGAUCAAUUUUAGUAGAAUUCAAUUAUCCAAGCUACCUGAGCAGCACGGACAUGCAAGAGAAAAAGGGAUUUCAAAGGAAAACUAGGUUGAAGACAUUUCUGCUAAUGGAUGAUUGGGAAGACAUGUUGAGGGCUACCUGCUUGUACUGGAAUAGGGUCUUCUUACCAUAUCAUGUAUAGUUCUUUUUCCUUUUUUUUUUUUUGGUUCUUUUCGUACAGGUACGGUACACCAAAACAAGGGCUCUAAUAGAGGAGGAUAAGAAUGAGAUAACCUAGUUGUUAAUAAUGAAUGGCGGCGUUUCAAUUUGAUGUUCACUGCUUUCUGGUGCCCUCAUGUGAAUGAGACCACUUUUGUGAAUAAUCUGUGCCUCUAGUGAGGACCGAGGAGGGAAGCCUGUGUGUAUUGUUAGAUGUCUAUGCAUUUGGAAGUUAUCAUACAAAUUAAUGCAAACACUAGCUU